AUGAGCUUGCUAUAUGAAGCAUGCACAAGUUCAGUUGCUGAGAUUGAAGGAAUUAGUGAUAUAUAUCCUGGUAAACACAGCUAUGUUGUUGAACAUUCUGCAGAUGAAUGUAUAAAAUUAAUCGUUGAACAGUUAGUUAUGGCUGUAAAAACUUCUCAGAACAGUAAUGAAGGUAGCACAAAGGAGCUGAAGGCUAUUGUUCUUGAGUUGCAGCAUGAGCUUCAAGCUAAAGAUGUCCAAAUUAGCACAAUCAGUUUUGAUCUAUCAUGUCAGUUAAGGGCGGUUGAAUCUUCUGCAAAGCAGUUCUUAGUUGAUCUUGAAGAUGCAAGAAUGGAGCUCCAAAAUUUGGAGAAACAAGUUGGUGUGUUGCUAAAUCAGAAGAAGAAUUUAGAGACUCAAUUAAAUGAGCUUAAAAAUAUGGAAUCAAUGGCAAGUGAGCAACGUGGAAGAAUUGAGAAAUUGACUGAUGAAUUAAGCAGAAAAGAUCAAGAAAUUGAAUGUUUGGUGCAAGCACUCGAUGAAGAAGAAAAAGAGCUUGAAAUCUUGGAGAAUAAAAGCCUUCAGUUGGAGCAAAUGCUACAAGAGAAAGAAUUUGCCUUGAAGACCUCAGAAGUUUCUAGGACCAAAGCUUUGUCAAAACUUGCAACGACUGUUGACAAAUUUGAUGAGCUACAUAGCUUGUCCGAUGACCUUCUUGCUGAUGUGGAAAACCUUCAGUUGCAAUUGCAAGAAAGAGAUUCUGAGACCUCUUUCUUGCGAAAAGAAGUUACAAAAAGCACUAAUGAACUGCUAACCACUUAAGAGAGCAACAAAAAUUACUCAUCUCAGCUAAAUGGUUUCAUGAAGUGGUUAGAAAGAGAACUGUUGCAGUUCGGCAUGCAUCUAGUUAGUAUGCUCUCUGCAAUAUACAAGUGUUGA